UUCGCCGCAAAUAUCUUUUUUAUCGGGUGGCGAUGUCCCUCAGAGGAAAUCUAAUCUUCAACCAACAUAAAAGGACCUUAACGAAACACGACUCUACAGUCUGUCGUAAAUGUGUUUAUCAUGACUCCCGAGUCCCCUCCAAGGGGACAGCAUUCGCGGAAAUAAAACUACGUAAUGGCCUUGAAUAUAUUAUGAACCCGUGGGGCAGAGAGCCGUUCAGGUCAGAUUCUACAGGUGGUCUUUUAGUUAAUUAUUAACAACUCGCGAAGGCCACGUAUCGACGUACAGCUAUUGAUGAAUGACUUGCCGUCUAUAUUUCAAUGCUGUAGGUUUGUUUACAAGCUACAACGUCCAGGUAAAAUAUAUAAGUUUCGUACGAAUGAGGAAAACAUCGUAGGAAAUGUAAGGAAGUAAAAGUUCGAGACUUCGGCGAAACUAAUCUAUCAAAUCCGCAAAUAAAACCGCCCCGUUUCUGCAAUGAGGCAAAUCAAACAAUAAUAUUGUAUCUGUUGGCUAACAAUAGACGCUGACCUUGAAAGCUUUCACGUAGGAGUUUUCUCUCGGAAGGGUAGGAAAUAAUUAUGUUCGAGUCAGUAACCCGGGCGUGCGUUAUUGAUGGGCUCACGCGGCGGCGCCGAGACGCGCGGUAAGUGGGUCAGGGGAGGGGAGCGAGGGGCGCGCAGCCGCUCCGACAUUGCGCCCUCAGCCCUCAGCCAUGGCGGACGCGCCGCCCGAGGUCCUCGAGCUUAACGUAGGCGGCGUGCACUACGCCACCACGCGCGAUACGUUGCUACGCGAACCCGACUCGCUGCUCGCCGCCGCGCUGCAAGACGCCGACCACCCGCGCGACGCUCGCGGCCGCGUCUUCUUCGACCGCGACGGCGUGCUGUUCCGCUACGUGCUCGACUACCUCCGCGACGGCGGGCUCGUGUUGCCAGAGUGCUUCAGGGAACACAAGCGGCUGGCGCGGGAGGCGAAACACUACAGGCUCGUGGGCCUCGAAAACGCAGUGCGAGACGCCGACCCGAAGCCGCCUAACCGCGAAAAGGGAUGCAUCACGGUGGGCUAUCGCGGCAGCUUCGCAUUCGGACGCGACGGGCUUGCCGACGUCAAGUUCCGCAAGCUGUCGCGUAUCUUGGUAUGCGGCAAGGUGACUCUGUGUCGAGACGUUUUCGGCGAGACUUUGAACGAGUCCCGCGACCCUGAUCAUGGACUCGCAGACAGGUACACCUCUCGGUUCUUCCUGAAGCACUCGUUCAUAGAGCAGGCGUUCGACAUGCUGCAAGAGAACGGCUUCAAGCUGACGGCGAGCUGCGGCAGCGGAACCGCUGGAGGCGCCGCCGAGCUGAAGCCUGGCGUCGACUCCGAGGAGAACCGCUGGAACCACUACAACGAGUUCGUGUUCGUGCGUGAUUAAGCCCUUCGCUCGAGCGACGUUGACAUUGAAUCAGCUGACGAUCGCGUGUCGGCUACACACCAGCUGAUACUAAUAAAGGCAUACUAUUUUCGGGGCAAUGAUAUUUAACGAAGUUAGUUUCGAACUGAGAUCAAAUUAUUGAAUUUCCACGUAAGUAAUUCGCAAUAUUUGCGUACUACGUAGUAAAAGCUUGUCUUUCUCGUAAACAUAAUAGCGUACAAUAUGGUAUUAAAAUCAUAAUAAUAGAGUCGGAACGGGUGGUACCGAGUUUCGUUUCAUAAAUUAGUGUCUAAAAGAGUAAACGUUUAAUUAUUGGUAGAUAUAUAAUCGUUAAAUAUAAUCAAAUAUGUAACAAAUAGUGUUAAAUGUAAAGAAAUAUAAAAUAUUAGUAUAAAAUUUACUUCUAAUAGGAAUUAUUUCGUAUAUCUUGUUAAAUGGCUACCCAAUGUAUUUUCUUAUUUUGUUAUGGAUUUAUACAUUUCGUGACAUACGAGGGACAGUGUGGGCCAUUAUUCUUAUAUUUACUGCGAAAUUCGAAAUCUAAAUAUAGCUUUAUAGAUUUAUAAAGCUAUAUUUAGAUUUCUCUUUCUCUUAAAGUUCAUGUUUUCUUUUUAUUACAACAACAAAUAUGAAAACACAAAAUAAUCUCGAAAAUAUACAGACUAUAUUUGCGAUAUUGGAAUAUUAUGAAGCAAACAAUUUACUUCGAAGUGUUUAUAUAUUUUAUUAUUUUAUUAUUCAGAAGGGUAACGUUAGAUUUACUUUUAACGUACUCUAAAGCUUUGGAUUUAAUAAUACCAUCAGAAGUGAUAGGUAUUGCAUAUAAAAAUCUGCAUCAAAAGAAUUCCAUUUUACAAAAAAAAUUAAUAAACUCUAUACCGAAAUAUUCUUGCCUAUUUUAAUAUUUGGUAUGUCAAUGAGAAGUUACUUACGUUGCCUAUGCAAUAAUUACAACAAAAUUAUUAAGUAUCUUCUUACCUUAAAAGUAAUUCAACCGAGUACAAAAGUAUUUGUAUCGCACUCCAUAAAAGUAAUCGAGAAAAUGCGAAUACAAAAGCAAGUAUGCACAAAACUCGCUCCGCACUAAACAUUCGGAAAUUAUGAAAGCAGCGAGACGGAAUAAUGCGAGAAACUUUUAUUUAAGUCAAAGACAAUUACGAGUCUGUGUCCACGCUCUGCAAACUUGUAGGGAAAUAUUGUCGUCUCUGUGAAGUUUGGGUCGUUAGCAUGAGAAUUUGUUCAGAACGGACCAUUAUCGUAACAGUUUGCAAUUAUUCCACGUUUUAAAAUACGAUUCUUUUGUUGCUUUAUGGCGCGAAAUGUUUUUGUUAAUUCAGAUUUGACUAUAUUAAACUUGAACUCCUAAGAUUUGCUAAUUGUUAAGAUUUGAAUUCAUAAAGCGGUAAAGAAAACGAUAUAGAAAAUUUGUUUGUUACCAUAAUGACGCACAUGGUACCCAUUUGGCUCUCAUGUCCUCUACAAAAAUGCGGGUAUUUUCAAAUAAUGCCAGUACCCAAUGUCAUAUCAUUAGAUAUAUUAGACAUACUUUAAACUGUUCUUCCAUGCCAAACUUCCUCUCUAAGUAUGCUAAUGUUUCUAACAAAAUUGUUUUUUAUUAAUGAUAAUUGUACGCAGCGUUUUAAAGGUUUUAUGUGUUGCUAUUACCAAAUAUGUUGUACGGAUUUCAUCGUAUUGUAUUUUUAUACCAACAAAAACUUUCUGUUUGAUCCGUAAUUCCUUUGCCCUCUUCUUUGGUAAUAAAUAAAGUUUGAAUACAGCAUGUAUAAAUGUUUAAAAAAUUAAUGCAAUGCAAUAAAACCCGUAAUAUUGUGAGACGUUUCCAUAAAUAUUUAAGGAAAGGGACAUAAAUAAUACUCGAACGUCUUAUGUCAAUCUCAGUUUGCGGUUUCUUGUUACGCUUUAUCUGUCUCAGGAUUAUCUAUAAUAUUUAUUUUCUUAUAAAACAUUGUACGUAUAAAUAGUUGUUAACUGUUAAAUAAUUCGACGUAAUAAUGUCGCGUAUAUAAAAAGAGUCGUCAGAUAUAGAAAUAGAAGCCAUUGUAUUUCUUAUCUAUGUUUUUUAGUUUUAGGGCGUUUAUCAUUUGUAUUUUAGUCAGAAUUAUUGUUAGUAUUAAAAUGUACAAUCAUCUAAAGUAGCUGUGUAUGCAAUUUGUUACAUUCACUAAUACGGGUCGCAUUGCUAUUAUUUCCCAUACGUAGAUUAAUAAUAAAUAUAAUAUAGAUUAACUGAUGUUUCAAGAUGCAUAACAGUUACGGUGAUUCGUGUAUUUUAGCGAGAAAGAAUAAGCAGAAUUAUGAUAUCAUUUGACGUGUUAUAAAUGUCUUAAAAUCAGAAACAUAUGAAUCAUGUUUGAAUAAAAAUAAAUACACAAUAAUGGUACAAACGUGACGGAGAAACAUAAAACACGAACGUCAAGCAAUAAACAAUAGUAUAAAGGGCGAAAAAUAUACAGCCAGCCGUCAAAAACCAUUAUUUCGUAGUGUAACGAUUUCUUGAUCCAAAAACAUUGAAUUAAAUUCGGCACGUACAUCGCAUAAACUCCAGUAUUCAGAUUUUAUGUUGAAACUUUGUUGGUAAAAACCACAGCGGCGAAAAGUUUACCAACAGUGGGAUGCAAAUAAAAAUAACACGAUCAAACCGUGUUUUCACGUCGAAGUUUAACACACGAUGGUAUUUCAUACUUUCUGCUUGUUCACUACAGAGUAAUUGUAGCGAUAUUGGUUUCGUAUUUAACUAAAGCAUUUAUUUGUAAAUUCGGAUUCUCCUAGUGUAUGUUCUGAUGGAGAAAAACAGUGUUGGACCUGAACUCGAUAACUAAAGUAGGAUUUCUAAAAAUAUAGUUUUGGGAAUAAAUUUAGUUAAAAAAA